CCGUGCUGAGCUGCCGUGCGACGUCGCCCCCAUUGAGCCUGCGGACCGCUUCGUGCUCGUGCUGUGGUACAAGGACGGCAUCGGCACGCCCAUAUACAGCCAUGACUCGCGGGGCAAUAGCCAGGCGGCAGCACGUGACUGGGCGGACUUGGAGGCGCUGGGCGACCGCGUUUAUUUCGACUUGGACGCCUCACCGUCAGCUCUCAUCGUCAGGAACGUGAGACGAGGCGACGAAGGUCUCUACCGAUGCAGGGUGGACUUCAAGAAGAGCCCUACCCGCAACGCCAGGAGUAACCUCAAAGUUAUCGUGCCACCCGACCCUCCGACUGUGCGGCAGAAGGACGGCAGUCAAGUCUGGAGUGUCGUGGGUCCCUACAAUGAAGGGGAUACCCUGGACCUGACCUGCUCUGUAACGGGAGGGAUUCCCAGUCCAAAAGUGAGAUGGCGUCUCGGGAACAAGAUUGUCAAGCGAACUCAAGAAGCCCCAACUGAAGGCGUGGUGGAGAACAGGCUCGUGAUAGAGCGCCUGAGCCGCGACCAUCUGCACGCUGCGCUCGUCUGUGAGGCCGCCAAUACGAACUACAGCGCCCCGCUCACAGCCAUGAUCACCAUAGAGAUGAACCUGCGGCCCCUGACGGUACAGAUCUUGGGGGCGGCAGAGCCCGUGUCUGCGGGGCGGCCGUACGAGCUGGUGUGCCACAGUGCGGGGGCACGGCCCCCUGCCACGCUCACCUGGUGGCUCGGGGGGCAGCUCCUCACCAACGCCACCACAACCACGGCGAGCUCGGGCAACGUGACGGUUUCUUCUUUGAUCUACGAGCCGAAAAUUGCGGACUCCGGACAGCAGCUCCGGUGUCGCGCAGAGAGUCCCGUCAUCCCUCAUCCUCCGCUGGACGAUCACUUUGACAUUAUUGUUUUCUAUACCCCCAUCGUGCACUUGGGGCUCGGCAGUUCGUUGAGCCCUGACAGCAUCAAGGAGAGCGAGGACGUCUACUUUGAGUGCAACGUUCAAGCGAGACCCAAGAUCUACAAGGUGGUUUGGUACCACAACGGUGACCUGGUGAAGCACAACGUAAGCGCCGGAGUCAUCGUGAGCAAUCAGAGUUUAGUGCUGCAGCGCGUACGUCGCCUACAGACCGGCCUCUACACCUGCAUCGCCUCCAACAGCGAGGGAGACGGAGAGAGCAACGCGGUCAACCUCAGCGUCCAGUACGCACCGGUAUGCGUGCCUGGCCAGACCGUGACGUACAGCGCCGCACGUCACGAAGAAGUGACGGUGACGUGCGAGAUCAGCGCCGUGCCUGCCGUCGUGACGUUCCAUUGGCGUUUCAACAGCAGCGGCGACGUCGUGGACAUCGCUGAAAGCCACAUCGUUUCCCAAGGUCUCAAAUCUUCGCUGUCGUACGUGGCAAGAACAGAGCUGGACUAUGGAACCCUCCAGUGCUGGGGAUCAAAUCCACUGGGCCGUCAAAAAGAGCCUUGCAGAUUCCGAGUAAUCCCUGCAGAGCGUCCCGAUCCCCCCAAGCAAUGCAGUUUGCUGAACGACAGCGCAGACUCGCUCAUUAUUCGCUGCCAGCCCGGAUACAGCGGAGGACUCUCACAAAUGUUCAUCGCAGAAGUUUACGAUGCAGAUACUAAACAGCUUUUGCUUAACAUCACCGAUGCAGCAACCCCCUACUUUCAGUUGGUAGGUUUGGAGGCCGGAACUUCAUUUAGUGUAAAUGUUUACGCAAUCAACGCGAAAGGGGCGUCAAAAAAGCGAGUCAUUGAGGGAUACACGGACAGAGAUUUCACAGACAAGAGAAUCGCUCAAGUUCGUCAUCAUCCCAUGAAAAAUGUCCCGAACGAAAUACCUUACGCUCAGCUGCUCGGAAUAGGAGUAGGCGUUCUUGGCAGCCUGGUCCUUUUCACUGUCGUGGCAGUUUUACUGCUGCGGUGGAAGAAGGAAAAGCGGCAGUCAAAACAACUUCACAAGAGUUCCUUCCAAACUUCGCUCUCAGACUGCAAAGAUGACAACCCCGACAUCAUCCCAAGCAGCGAUGCCAACUCUGAGACGAAUUUGCCGUGCGUGCCUGACGCCAGCAGCUUCCACGGCGCCCCCAUACCGCCCCCUGCAGCCUACUCAGCCUCGGUGUACUCCACCCUGCCACGCAGACAUGAGGCAGAGAUCGUCCUGACGUCCUGUGAUGCUAGUCACCACAUUCAACAAGCAGCAAACUGUGGGUCACUCCAGCGUCGCCGUAGAGGAACGCACAUGCCAUCUAUUAGCGGGCACGUUGAGAACGCGAUAAUCGAUGGAGUUAAUUUGAAGCCAUCGCGUUCAAUGAUGAUCCAACACAACCUGCACAACAGCAUUCAACAAAACAUGCCGCAUGCAAUGCCUCCUACAGCUCAGUAUCGACAUCUUGCGCCUCCAGCUCAGCACUGCAUGCAAGCGCAUGGAUGCAUUAAUCAACAGAUGCAAGUGCCUCGCUUGAGCCGACCUUACAAUGGCGACCCAAUUUUACACGGUCAUAGCCCUCCGGUCAGCUACAGCCAAGCUCAUGGCCACACACACUCACAUCCUCAAAAUAUGUCGCCAGUGAUGCACGGAGGUUCAGGAGGAGUUGGUUGCGAGAGAGCGGACAUGGUUUUAACUUGUCAUCCGCACAGGCAGGAAUCCCACAGAAGUCCGGGCAAUCCGAAAUGCAGUAGUCCUGAGUCGACCAGCUAUCAUCCGAGUGACUCAAGUCUCCAACAUUUGCUUGGCAUUCGAACGAGCAAUGCAGGGCAGCCGAUGGCAGAGGAAGUCUUCAAAGACACUUUGACUUACGCCCACGAGCACCACAUUCCAAUCUCGGUUCAGUGUCGUGGAAGAGGAUUAGCUUCGGUGGAUGUAGACUACGGAAACGACACGCAGAGGAGUGAAUCUGACUCAAGUAUAGUGAACGAGUCUUGCAGAAGCACCGAAGCUCUUCUCAAAGGGAAACAAAUAGAGAGUAAAGUGUGAGAUGAGUUAGUUUUAGAACCUACAUGCAUCCAUAUCUCAAACAGCUAACGUAGCGGUGUUUAGAACUAAAGCGUUUCAUAUCAUUCUACGUACAUUUUAAGAUCGCAGAGUCCGGCAUGGUGAUUCAUCGUAUCAAGUAAAGUAAAUUUUAUGAGUUUAUACUUCGAAAGUUUCAUUACUCUGCUCCUGGAAAACGAGCUGAACAAGAAGGUAGGAAUUUUUUGUUUGUUCAUAAUAUUCUCUGACAACAAUUAAAUGCUGUGCACCUACAAUGAUUUCGUUUAAAUUUCACUACAAAGCUACUAGUGGUAAGAUAGGAAUUCUUAUUAUGCAAUUGCAAUCAAACUCUAACUAAAUUAUCUUAUCAUCUAUUUGAUUUGCAAACAACAGAAAACUAAUUUUCCCUCCAUCCUUGAAGAAAUUGCAACGUAUGCGAAGCGUCAUGCCGAAUUUUGUCUCCUUACUAUUUAAGUGUUAUGUAAAAACCAUGAUAAAUUUCUUCAUAUGUACAUGUUUUCGACGGUAAUAUUUAUUACAUUUGCUACGAUCAUUAAGAAAUGAUCAAAUAAUUGUAAACUAAACAUGGAACAGAGAAUCUUCAUUUUGGGUGAACUAUAUACGACUGAUUCUUCUUU